GGGCGGGGACUGCGGUGAGGCCGCUUCCGCCCGGCCCCAAGAUGGCGGCGCCCUUUGUCUGUUCCGUGUCACUCUGAGUGCUGCUGCUCGUCGGGAUUAUGUGACGCGCGCGGGAUGGCAGCAGCCAUGCACUUCCCGCAGCACAGCAAGGCCGUCCUGGAGCAGCUGAACCAGCAGCGGCAGCAGGGCCUCCUGUGCGACUGCACCUUCGUGGUGGACGGCGUGGACUUCAAGGCCCACAAGGCGGUGCUGGCAGCCUGCAGCCACUAUUUCCGCAUGCUCUUCGUGGACCAGAAGGACGUGGUGCACCUGGACAUCAGCAACGCCGCAGGUCUGGAGCAGGUGUUGGAGUUCAUGUACACAGCCAGGCUGAGCCUGAGCGUAAACAACGUGGAUGACGUCUUGGCUGUCGCCAGCUUCCUCCAGAUGCAAGAGAUCAUCAGUGCCUGCAACACUCUGAGGGCUCUUUCAGGGCCGGCAGAAAACAGCCCAGGCCAGGAGGGACCCCCGGCUGCUGGGCAGGAGAAAGCAGCCAGAGGGAGUGCAGGGAUGGUGAACACCCUCAGCCAGGGGAAAGAGGCCCCUCAGGCCCCGUCCGGAGGGCUCAAGAAGGAUGAAGCUGCGGACCUUGUUGAGGAGACGAGGGGACGAGGGGCAGCCGAGGGGCAGGCUGGCCCCAGAUCUGCAGAGGGCUCUGGGUCCCAGGCUCCUCUCUCUCCUGCAGGGGAGACAGCGGGAGAUGACUCCUUGGCCGUGCCCGAGAAGCCGCAGCCGGACAGCCCGUCGCCCACAGAAGGCAGCUCCGCUUCAAAGUCCCCAUCCUCUGGGACUACGGAGGCUGUGCUGAAGCUUCCUGCUGAGAUGGAGGUGGAGCUGGAAGAGCGAGGCGGGGAGCCCCUCUCAGAGGCAGAAAUCUCCUCCCAGAUGCCAGAGCCAAAAGGAGCCAAACUGUCCAACGGCAGCCCCCCGGAGGAGGACGAGUCCGGGGGCACGGACUCCGGGCAGGAGAACUCCGCUGCAGAAAUGAGGCUGCUGCGCUCCGGCACGUACAGUGAGCGGACCGAGUCCAAAGCCUAUGGGUCCGUCACGCACAAAUGUGAGGACUGUGGGAAGGAGUUCACGCACACGGGCAACUUCAAGCGGCACAUCCGCAUCCACACUGGAGAGAAGCCCUUCUCCUGCCGGGAGUGCACCAAGGCCUUUUCCGACCCAGCAGCCUGCAAAGCCCACGAGAAAACGCACAGUCCCCUGAAGCCCUACAGCUGUGAGGAGUGCGGGAAGAGCUACCGCCUGAUCAGCCUCCUGAACUUGCACAAGAAGCGCCACACGGGCGAGGCCAAGUACCGCUGCGAGGACUGCGGCAAACUCUUCACCACCUCCGGCAACCUCAAGCGCCACCAGCUGGUGCACAGCGGGGAGAAGCCGUACCAGUGCGACUACUGCGGGCGCUCCUUCUCAGACCCCACCUCCAAGAUGCGCCACCUGGAGACGCACGACACGGACAAGGAGCACAAGUGCCCUCACUGCGAGAAGCUGUUCAACCAGGUGGGGAACCUGAAGGCCCACCUGAAGAUCCACAUUGCAGACGGGCCGCUCAAGUGCCGCGAGUGCGGGAAGCAGUUCACCACCUCAGGCAACCUGAAGCGGCAUUUGCGCAUCCACAGCGGGGAGAAGCCCUAUGUCUGCGUGCACUGUCAGCGCCAGUUUGCGGACCCCGGAGCUCUGCAGCGCCACGUGCGCAUCCACACAGGCGAGAAGCCGUGCCAGUGUCUGAUCUGCGGCAAGGCCUUCACCCAGGCCAGCUCACUCAUUGCUCACGUGCGCCAACACACGGGGGAGAAGCCCUACGUCUGUGAACGCUGCGGCAAGAGGUUUGUCCAGUCUAGCCAGCUUGCCAACCACAUUCGCCACCACGACAACAUCCGGCCCCACAAGUGCAGCGUUUGCAACAAGGCUUUUGUCAACGUGGGGGACCUUUCCAAACACAUCAUCAUUCACACGGGGGAGAAGCCGUUCCUCUGUGACAAAUGUGGCCGUGGGUUCAACCGCGUGGAUAACCUUCGCUCCCACGUGAAGACCGUCCACCAGGGGAAAGCUGGCAUGAAGCUCCUGGAAGGCGGGGAAGGGGAAGAGCUCAACAUUGUGACGGUGGCUUCGGAUGAGAUGGUGACGUUGGCCACGGAGGCCCUGGCGGCCACAGCUGUCACUCAGCUCACGGUGGUGCCUGUGGCAGCCCCGGUCACAGCAGACGAGACGGAAGCACUGAAGGCAGAGAUCACCAAGGCGGUGAAGCAGGUGCAAGAAGCAGACCCCAACACCCAGAUUCUGUACGCCUGCGACUCCUGCGGGGAGAAAUUCUUAGACGCAAACAACUUGGCUCAGCAUGUGCGGAUCCACACGGCUCAAGCCCUGGUGAUGUUCCAGGCAGACACGGACUUUUACCAGCAGUAUGGAGCCACCACGGGGUGGCAGUCUGAGCAAGUCCUCCCCGCCAGUGAGUUCCUCUUCCGGCCACGAGAUGGCCUGGAGGCACAGCCCUCUGGAACAGACGGCCCACAGUCCGUGGGGACGCCCGAUCCUGCAGAAUGAAAUGGCGGCUGAGAGGCGCUGUAGGACUUGGUCACCUUCACAGUUGGGACUGCAGCUAGAACUGCUGGGAGGGGCUUUCAAGGGCUGCCCUCCUUGUCCUUGGUGCAGAAGCACUGGGGGGGGGGCAGACCAUUUAGAGGAGACACAGCUACAUCGGACUACUGCAAACAAAGCUAUUUCUGUAUGGGAGAGAAUCUACAUCCAUGUUAAUAUUUAGAUAAAAUAAAUGCCAUUAUUUUCUAA